CUGCCCUUGGUCCUAAGUGCUACUAUCUGUGCUGAGUUUUUCAAAGGUCAGAGUAGAUUGAACCUUUGUGGUUUCAUUUUCCCUGAUUUUGAUUUUUCUUAUGGGGAAUCUGUGUGGCUGCAUUCAAGGUGACUCGAAGAAGCCUUCCAAAAAGCGUGUGAAAAAGGAGACCUACUCUACUACCAAGGUGACUUCAGGGAGCACAUUCAAUGAGAAUACAAGAAGAUAUGCUGUGCACACCAACCAGUGUCGGAGACCUCCUGGCUCCCGGGUAAAGAAGAAGAGGUACCCACAAGAAGAUGACUUCUAUCAUACAGUCUUCAGCAACCUUGAAAGAUUGGACAAGCUUCAGCCCACUCUUAAAGCCUCUGAGGAGUCUCUAGUUCACAAGGACAGAGGAGAUGGAGAGAGGCCAGUCAACGCGAGGGUGGUGCAGGUGGCCCCUCUGAGGCAUGAAUCUACUCCCCAUGAGGACGCCGUACACGACAUCACUAACGAGGACACUGUACACCACAUCACUAACGAGGCCGCCGACAAGGGCGUCGCCAACGAGGACGCCGCCCAGAGCAUCGCCAACGAGGACGCCGCCCACGGCAUCGCCAGCGAGGACGCCGCCCACGGAAUCGCCAGUGAGGAUGCCGCCCAGGGCAUCGCCAAUGUGGUCGCCGUCCAGGGCAUCGCCAAGGAGGACGCCGUCCAGGGCAUCGCCAACGAGGACGCCGCCCAGGGCAUCGCCAACGAGGACGCCGCCCAGGGCAUCGCCAACGAGGACGCCGCCCAGGGCAUCGCCAACGAGGACGCCGCCCAGGGCAUCGCCAACGAGGACGCCGCCCAGGGCAUCGCCAACGAGGACGCCGCCCACGGCAUCGCCAGCGAGGACGCCGCCCACGGAAUCGCCAGCGAGGACGCCGCCCAGGGCAUCGCCAACGUGGUCGCCGUCCAGGGCAUCGCCAAGGAGGACGCCGUCCAGGGCAUCGCCAAGGAGGACGCCGCCCAGGGCAUCGCCAACGAGGACGCCGCCCAGGGCAUCGCCAACGAGGACGCCGCCCACGGCAUCGCCAGCGAGGACGCCGCCCACGGAAUCGCCAGCGAGGACGCCGCCCAGGGCAUCGCCAACGUGGUCGCCGUCCAGGGCAUCGCCAAGGAGGACGCCGUCCAGGGCAUCGCCAAGGAGGACGCCGCCCAGGGCAUCGCCAACGAGGACGCCGCCCAGGGCAUCGCCAACGAGGACGUCGCCCAGGGCAUCGCCAACGAGGACGCCGCCCAGGGCAUCGCCAUCGCUAAUGACACCGUACAAGACAUGCUAUCGAGGAGGCUGUACAGGACAUCGCUAAUGAGGGCACUGUACAAGACAUCACCAAUGAGGGCGCUUUAUACGACAUUGCUAAUGACACCGACAAGGCACGCUAACGUGGACGCUGUACACGACAUUGCUAAUGAGGACACCGUAUAAGACAUCGCUAGUAACUAUCGCAAGAACAAAAAACCAAACACCGCAUAUUCUCACUCAUAGAUGGGAAUUGAACAAUGAGAUCACAUGGACACAAGAAGGGGAAUAUCACAC